AUGGCAAAAGAUAAUAAGAAAAAGUCAAAAGAGACUAAUACUACUACAUCGCCAUCAUCUUCAAAUGAUGCUGGUGUUGUUGAACAAGAUCAUAGCAAAGAUAACAAGUCAUCAUCAUCAUCUAAUGUUUCGACAAAGACUACUAAACCAAUCAUAGAUAAGAGUACAUUGAUAAAUCGAGCAACUUUAAAGUAUCCGUUAUUUAGUUGUGCAAGUGGAGGUAAUACAGAUUUGGUGGCAGUUGGUGGAGGUGGAGGAGUGUCCAAGACGGGCGUUCCUAACGGUGUGACGGUGUUUAGAUGGGUUGAAGGUAUGCUGCAACAGCUCGAGACGUUGACUGCCGACGAUUGCGUAUCAAACAUUGCUUUUCAUCCAAGUCUCGAUCAGUUUGCCUAUGGCACACGAUCAAACUGUCACAUUGUCAACUUUAACAACAAACUCACCAGCUUUGAGGUCAAACAAACAUUCGAGUCCAUUCCUCCCAAAGAAUCUAAAAAGGUUGAAGAGAGCAGUGGCAAAAGAGAGGAACCACUACUCCAACAAACAUGUAGAUACAACAGAGAUGGUAACCGGUUGAUCACAGGUGGUAGCGACAACUCGGUGCGUGUUUGGAAGAUGCCUGAAUGCAAGUUACUCAAUACUCUUAGAGGAGAGCAUAGUGACGAGAUUACAGAUGUCGACAUUCACCCCCACGGCUCACACAUUGUCACCACUUCCAAGGACAAGACUUGUAGAGUAUGGAAUCUCGUGUCUGGCAAGGUGGAGCAUACGUUCCGUCGCAAGCAUAACGGUGUCGAUCUUGGAUUCAGAGGUUGUCGAUUCUCUGUCGACGGACUCUCCAUCUUUGUCGUCUUGUCUACACCACGUGGCAAAAACACGGCUGGUAUUGCUAUUGUGUCGCAGUACAACCUGGCCACUGGCAGGGAGGAACAGACUCGCCAAGUACACACUGUUCACAACACCUGCUUUGAGUUGUCUCCCAAUGGAAAGUACUUGGCCAUUGGAACAGGCGACAGCUUCAUCACAGUCGUCGACACCGACUCGCUCAAACGUGUCGAUCGUUGGGAACCCCACGAAUUUGUCAUCACAGGUAUCGCCUUUUCUCCAGACAGUCAAAACGUAGUCUCUGUCUCUGCCGAUUAUACAAUCACUGCUCAUAAAAUUGGUACUGGUCCAAAAGAUUUGGAUUACAAGUUAAUUAUGAAUGGAAUGAAUCUCUAUUUUAAUAAUGAUGAUGGUUUGGGUGAUAGUACUACUAGUACUAGUGUUCACGUUAACGAGAGUAAAGAAAGAAUGAAUGAAUGA